GAGAAGAAAUCCGGAGUAGUCUACAUGUCUCGUGUACCGCCAUUCAUGAAGCCCGCCAAGGUGCGGCAUCUUUUAGAGAAAUACGGGCAGAUCGGGCGCGUCUACCUCGUAGAGGAAGAGGAUAAGCGGCGCAAAAGCCGUGUGAAGAGCGGCGGCAACCGGCGCAAGCAGUUUGUCGAAGGGUGGAUAGAGUUUAAGAACAAAAAAUACGCCCGCGCCGUAGCUUCCAUGCUCAAUAAUACGCAGAUGGGCGGGAAAAAGCAUGGGUUUUACCAUGAUGAUCUGUGGAACCUCAAAUAUUUGCCCAAGUUCAAAUGGCGGCAUUUAUCUGAGCAGCUUGCGGGGGAGAAGGCGGCGAGGGAGCAGAGGCUGCAGAGUGAGGUUAGCCAGUCGAGGAAGGAGCUGGAUGCGUAUGUGAAGAAUGUUGGUAGGGCGAAGAUGCUUGGGAGUAUGAAGGCGAAGCGGGAGGCGAAGGCGAAGAGUGGCGAGGAG